AUGGUGUUAGGUCUUCGAACAAAGAGCCGUAAAGACAAUGGAGUGUUCGUUGAGUAUCUAAUCUCAAUCAAGGAGCUAAAGCCAUGGCCAACGAGCCAGGUCCCUGCACAAUGCGUCCUUCUCAAAUGGGAGAACGGAGAAAACAGCUCAGGCUCAUUCAUAGCAGUCGUGGGCAAAGACACGAUCAUGUUCAACGAGUCCUUUAGGCUUACACUAACGCUAGAACCCAAAGGCGGGACGGACAAUAAGUUCCAGAAAAAUCUUCUGGAACUUAACGUCUACGAUGCCAAGAAGAAAGACAAGGGCGUCAAGAACAAGCUUCUUGGCUCAGCCGUGGUCAACAUUGCUGAAUAUGGCGUGUUGACUAGUUUGGUUCCUGUUGGAGCUCCCUUUACUUUCAAGAAGAGUUCGAGAAACGAUGGUAACUCGGAGAUUUACCUAACUAUUGAGCCGGCCGGGGAAGAUGACGAUGAUGGUUAUCGGAGUAGCUGCUCAUCGCAGCCAAAGAUGAGCUUCUCGAGAGGAUCUGUUGAUAAAGAAGGUAGUGAGUUUAGUUUGGCGUCGUUGACGGAUGAUGAUGAUGAUGUUUCUUCGCAGUCUUCUUCUACACGGAGGGUUUCUUUCUCAGCUAUGUGUGAUGCUAAUCCCACGAACACAGAGACAGAGAUUAAUGGAGAUGAGAAAGGUUGGAAACAUGUAACGCUAAAGCACAGUAACAAUGAAGCAGCACUCGUCUCCGAGAUCGAGAAUCUACUAAGAGAAGAAGAGAGAAAGAGACAGAGCAAUCAAUCAGUGGUUGUGAGCUCAGAGAGUAAUCAAAACCACAAGAAUGAUACAAACGCCUUCCGGCUCAAGAAACAGUUCUCUGCGAUCAACUCUGCUCCUAUUUCUUUACCUCCCGAUGCAGCGCGAAAACAGAUGAAACUUCGGACAAACACCCUUGCGUUAGGAAGAAAGACUCUUGGAAUGGAAGGUGUUCCAAGACUUAAACAGCUUAAGUCUAUUCAGUUGCAUUUUGAUGGAAAGAUCAAUGAUGAUAAUCAGAAAAAGACUAGUGGAGUGAGCAACAAGUUAGGUUUGAUAACUCCGCAAGAGUCUAGAAUAGAGACGCUUGAAGAUGAGCUUAAAGAAUCUGCGGCUCUUGAAGCAGCUGUUUACUCUGUGGUCGCUGAGCAUAGCAGCUCAAUGAGCAAGGUUCAUGCUCCAGCUCGUCGUCUGGCUAGGUUUUAUCUUCAUGCUUGUAAAGAAAAUAGCUCAGAUCAUUCUAAGAGAGCCUGCGCGGCUAAAGCCGCGGUUUCUGGAUUGAUAUUAGUUUCUAAAGCAUGUGGAAAUGAUGUUCCCAGGUUAACCUUUUGGCUAUCAAACUCGAUUGUGCUUAGAGCGAUUUUAAGCCGUGGUAUGGAGAAAUUGAACCUUGUCUCUAGUAAAACCGGUUCAUAUGAAUGGGAAGAUCCUCGAGCAUUUCUUGCGGCUUUGGAGAAGUUUGAAUCUUGGAUAUUCUCCCGAGUUGUUAAAUCAGUAUGGUGGCAGAGUAUGACGCCGUAUAUGCAAUCUGCACCGGUCAAAGGAUCGAUAUCAAGGAAAGUCUCCGGUAAAAGACGGUUAGGUCACAAGAACCAGGGACUCUAUGCUAUAGAGCUAUGGAAGAAUGCGUUUAGAGCUGCCUGUGAAAGACUUUGUCCGUUAAGAGGUUCAAGACAAGAGUGUGGUUGUCUACCUAUGCUUGCUAAACUGGUCAUGGAACAGUUGAUCAGUAGACUUGAUGUAGCAAUGUUCAACGCGAUACUUCGUGAGUCAGCAGGUGAAAUGCCGACAGAUCCUGUCUCUGACCCGAUUAGCGACAUAAAUGUUCUUCCGAUUCCAGCAGGAAACGCAAGUUUUGGCGCAGGCGCUCAGCUAAAAAACGCGAUUGGAACUUGGUCCAGAUGGCUUGAGGAUCAGUUCGAGCAAAGAGAGGACAAAACUGGUCGGAGCAAAGAUGAGGAUACUAAUAAUAAGGAGAAGCCAGAAUCUGAAAAUUUCAGAUUGUUCCAUUUGCUUAACUCGUUAGGUGAUCUAAUGAUGCUUCCUUUCAAAAUGCUUGCAGACAAAUCCACGAGAAAAGAGGUUUGUCCAACUCUUGGUCCACCAAUAAUAAAGAGAGUUCUACGAAACUUUGUCCCAGAUGAGUUUAACCCGCAUCGAAUCCCGAGAAGGCUAUUCGAUGUUCUAAAUUCCGAGGGCGUAACAGAGGAAGACAAUGGAUGCAUCACAGUCUUCCCUUGCGCUGCAUCGCCAACAGUCUACUUAAUGCCAUCUGCAGAUUCCAUAAAACGGUUCAUUGGAGAGUUGAACAAUCCGUCUUUAUCUGAAACCGGAUCAUCGGUAUACAAUAAACAAUACACGAGCGACGACGAGCUAGAUGACUUGGAUACAUCCAUCAACUCAAUAAUAUCUGCUCCUGGAACAACGAGUUCAUCAGAGUGGAUGCCCAAGGGAUAUGGACGCAGAAAGACUGUAAGAUAUCAGCUCCUUAGAGAAAUAUGGAAAGAAGAUGGAUUACAAUGA